GUCUAGAACCCUUCGUGACCAUUACUGAGGCUUCUUGAAUCGGUGACUUGCAUACAUCGGUAUCCCAUCUAGACUCUGCCUUGCCUACUCUCCUUGCGCUCCUACAGCCUUUUCUUGUCCGUCCCACCCACAAUGAGGGCCUCAUUCCUUCUAGCGGUGGUCUGCACGGCAGGCUUCACAACAGCCUUCCCAGGAAUGGACAAGACCAUGUCCGAAAUCCAAGCUCGACAGGGCGGCAGCGGCCCCUCCACCGCCCUACUAGGCGACCUCGUCCACCUCUCCGACCGCCAACUCACCCGCACCGGACGCGAGAUCAAGGCCAUUCUCCGCGGCACCGGCAACCCGCAAGACCUGAUCUCGCACGCAUCCUACUUCCUCGGCACCCCUCCCCUCGGCUCGUGGCUCUGCAACAUCGACACCUGCUGCGUCUGGAAACACAUCGCCGACGAGAUGGCCCCCGCCCUGACCGGCACCGCCGGCCGCUGCAACGACCUCGCCCGCGCCCUCAUCCGCCUCGCCUUCCACGACGCCGGCACCUGGGACAUCCACUCCGACGGCACCGGCGCCGACGGUUCCAUCGCCCUGACCGACGAGUGCGACCGCACCCCGGAGAACAGGGGGCUCGGCACCGCCUGCGACCAGGUCCGCACCUGGCACGCCAAGUACGCCAGCCACGGCGUCUCCAUGGCCGACGUCAUCCAGUUCGCCGCCCAGGUCGCCACCGUCGUCUGCCCGCUGGGCCCGCGCAUCCGCUUCUUCGCCGGCCGGAAGGACGUCGCCGUCGCCGGGCCCCGGGGCCUGCUGCCGGGCCCCUUCGACGACGCCGACCGCAUCAUCGACAUGUUCGCCAACAAGACCAUCUCCGCCGACGGCGUCGUCGCCCUCCUGGGCGCCCACAGCGCCUCGCAGCAGCACAGCAUCGACGUGGACCGCGCCGGCGACCCGCAGGAUUCCACCCCGGGCGUCUGGGACACCGAGUACUUCUCCGAGACCCUCGACGACGACGCCCCCGCCCGCGUCUUCAAGUUCCAGAGCGACCUCAACAUCGCCAACGACCCCCGCACCCACGCCACCUGGCGGUCCUACGCCGAUCCCUCCGCCCAGUCCAGCUGGAACAAGGCCUACGCAGCCGAAUAUAUCCGUGUCAGCCUCCUCGGUGUCCCCGAGCUCAACUCCAUGACCGAGUGCAGCCGCGCCCUGCCCCCCUCCCGCGGCUCCUUUGACGCCCCCGACCAGUCUCAGCUCGACCGCUUCAUGCAAGGUCUCCUGGACACUGCCACCGACCUCCUCUUCAACGGCGACGUUAUCCCUGCAGAUCUGCAGUGAUGAUGGGCUCCCUUUGUCCCUUGACUACUGGGCCAGUCUAACAGCCCCCCCCCCCUUUUCUGACGAUUUUAUGUACAUAUUUCGACUUGUAUUUUGGAGCGCAUUUGGGAACUUGCAUUGGCGACACAUCAGGCGUUUGUACAACACAUGCCGCAUUGCCCUACGGAGUUUAUAUAAGGGCAUAAUCUUGGGCUAUAGAACUCGGGACCGUGGGUAUGGGUACAAGGGAUAGAAAAUUGGGAUAGAAAUUCGGAGUUUGUUCUGGGAAAGGACUUGUUUAUUUUAUAGAUCAUCUCGAAGCGAGUUACUUUGCUAGUCUAGCGAAC